AGACGUGUAUCUCCAUUUCCCGCGGAUUAUCGUUUGAUUGCUGUCGUCUGGGGGUCUGUAUGGUUUAUUUUCGCUCCGCUUCCCUGAUGUGUUGCUGUCACUGGAUUAUAAACACAGACAUGAUCGCAUCUACGGGCGGGAUCGAUUGUGGACGCACAUGCGAAUAUAUAACGUGUUGGAUGAGAUUGUGUGUGUAGUUUCGGCAGGAUAAUGAAGAAGUGUAAUGGCUAUUGAAGUGUGAUCCAUGACACCAUAUUCUGACACAGUUGCAGGUGGAGACUGAAUGUGGCCGAGGUCUCGACGCUGUGAGCUCUUUUGAGUGGUGCCAUGACCAGUCAGGGUGGUGACCAUGCAGACACACUAAGCCCCCCAACUUCCUCCUCUUCCUCUUCUCGGCCCGCAGCAGCCCGUAAGGUGCAGGUGCAGCGCUCGCUCUCCCGAGAUACUAUUACCAUACACUUUUCUGCCAAAGGAAAUGAGGAAGAGGAGGAGGAAGAGGAGCUCUACAGGCUAGCUGAUUCACCUUCUGGCCUUGAAACUGAAGAUCAGGGCGUAGUCACAGCUCAGGAGGCCAGUGAGGACCUUCUCUCUGAAGGGCUGGGAGUGGACAUGGUUACAGGACCGUCAUCCCAGACCCACAGUUCAGCCUUGGCUAUCCAGCACCCCUCCAUUAGCCUGGCUUGCACGUCCAUUUCUAGUCUCGUUAGCUCCUCAUGGCCCUCUGAACAAAAGUCGACUGCCCCGGUACCUUCCACCUAUUCAGCUUCCUCCAACUCAUCCCCAGCCAAGUCCUCUGCCCUACCCUCAAAGCCUUUCUUCAGCCUAGUCAAGUCCCUUUCCACAGAUGUGGAAUCUCGUGAGGCUCCCACUGUUGCUCCCCAGUCGAUAAGGCACCGGCAUUUGAUGAAGACCCUGGUUAAGUCUUUGUCCACAGACACUGCUCGACCCGAACAGGAGGCUUCGUUGACUCAUCGCCCCCCAGAUUCCCGGCUCAAUCUGCACCUUUUCAAGCCUUUCACCCAAACUCGUGUUCCUGCUGUCAGUGGAGACUCCAAAACUGCUCCCUCAUCCCCCCUCACCUCACCAGAUAGCCGCUCCUUCUUCAAAGUUCAGGAGGUGGAGGCACGUAUUGAAGACACAAAGCGCCGUCUGUCGGAGGUAAUGUAUGAGCCCCUUCAGCUGCUCAGCAAAAUAAUUGGCGAGGAAACUGGUAGUGUCAGCACUUCCACAUCCACAACUGCAGGAGUCUCCUACCGGUCCAGAAACCUUUCUUCCAGCGCCUCUGAACUCUCCAACCUGUCUGCCCUCAAUGGCCACUCAGAAAGCAACAAUAACUACUGCAUCAAGGAAGAGGAAGACCUGGAGGGUGAAAGUCCUCUUGAGGCAACUGUUGAGUUGCCUCUGCACAGGUCACCCUCGCUGGGCUUGGACAGAUGUUUUAUGUCAACACUUGCUCGUCAGGAAGAUGAAGAGUUCUGUGAGCUCUACCCCGAAGACUUUGAGCUCUGCAAUGACACAGAGUUAGAUGGAGAGGGACCUCAUUCAGCUCAAGUCCGACGAGGGAGUACAGGGGGAUGCAGUGAGGAACCAACUGAAGGAGGGGAGGAGGAGGAGGAAGAAGAUGAGCCUCCAGGAGUACCCCACAACAGACUGAUUCUUCUUAUAGCUAUAGUUUAUGGUUGCUUUGUGUUGCCACUGCCUACCUAUGUGUGUUGGGUGUUGACGGGAGUGGUGGCAGGUUUCAUGCUGGCAAUUCUGAUGGUGUGGUUGUCAGCAAGAAGCAGACCUUCAUGGGGCCGUCACAGCAGCUGGAGCAGAAGAGAGCAAUGGAACAGGGUUCCUCUGGAUAUCCAAGAACCUGUCAUCUACAAGGGUUGGAUGAAUGAGAUCUACAGCUAUGACCCUGAGACAUAUCACGCCACACUCACUCAUUCAGUGUAUGUGCGUCUGGAGGGCUCUGUCCUGCGACUGUCCAAACCUAACCGCAAUAUUCCCCGCCGGGCAACCUUCAGCGAGCUCAAACCUGAUAUCACCUACAUUAGCCAGAAAAUCUAUGAUCUCACUAACAGUAAGAUCUACCUGGUGCCUCAGAGCCUGGCAAGGAAAAGGGUGUGGAAUAAGAAGUAUCCCAUCUGCAUUGAGCUGGCCAAGCAGGAUGACUUCAUGGCCAAAGCUCAGGAAGAUAAGACCGAGGUGGUGGAGGAGAAGACCUCUGCACUAGGAGACAGGACUGAGACAGUAGGCACUAGUGAGGAACCUAAGAGAGCACACACACAACCUGUGCUCUACCUGUUUGGGAGGACAGGAAGAGACAAAGAGGAAUGGUUCAGAAGGAUGCUGUUUGCAUCCAAACUGAAAUUUGAAGCCAAGAAGCCCUCAGGCCUGCCUACAACAGGUUGUCUGGCUCAGAGCCGCAGCAGCAGCCGUGGCAGUCUGGAUGAAGUGCUCCAGUCUCAUCCCAGACAAAAAGACCUUGGUGCCAGUGUCAAACAGAAAGUUCUGGAAUACAAUGUCUACAUGGCCAAAUAUGUCAGCCAGUCCACUGGCAGCCCCGCCACAAGCCCUGUUCAGAGUGCUGGAAGCAGUCCGGGAACCGUUAAAAAGUUUCCAGAGAGUCGAGGACAGGAGGCAGAGUCUGAGGCCUGGGUCAAUGCUCUUUUGGGUCGCAUUUUCUGGGACUUUCUGGGAGAGAAAUACUGGGCAGACGUGGUGUCCAAAAAGAUCCAGAAAAAGCUGAGUAAGAUCAGGCUACCGUACUUCAUGAAUGAGCUGACCCUCACUGAGCUGGACAUGGGAAUAUCCAUUCCCAAGAUCCUCAGCUCCUCCAAACCAUCUGUAGAUCACAGAGGCCUUUGGUUUGACUUGGAGAUCUCGUACAACGGUUCCUUUCUUAUGACUCUUGAAACCAAGAUGAACCUGACCAGACUGGGAAAAGAGGGAGAAGGCUUAGGAGAACAGGGAAAAGAAGGACCCAGACCACGCACUUACUUCUUGGCCGACAGUGAUGAAGAAUCAUCGAGUGCAGGAUCUUCUGAUGAGGAAGAUACUGCCGAAGUGCCUGAAAUUACAGGAGUGGAAGGUUAUGUUGGGGGACACCGACCCAGCAAAAUCAUGCGCUUUGUGGACAAGAUUGCCAAGUCCAAGUAUUUCCAGAAAGCCACAGAGACUGAGUUCAUUAAGAAGAAGAUGGAGGAGGUGUCCAACACCCCACUGGUCCUGACGGUUGAGGUUCAGGAGUGUCAAGGAACACUAGCUGUCAACAUUCCACCACCUCCAACAGACAGGAUAUGGUAUGGUUUCAGAAAACCUCCUCGUCUUGAACUGAAAGCUCGGCCUAAACUGGGCGAGAGAGAGGUUACUUUUGCUCAUGUGACAGACUGGAUAGAAAAAAAACUAGAUCAGGAGUUUCAGAAAAUAUUUGUAAUGCCAAACAUGGAUGACGUCUGGCUGCCUAUCAUGCACUCUGCCAUGGACACGCGUUCCAAUGCCAAUGCCUUGAAGGACGAAGAAACCUUGGACCAUGAGGAAUCCCUUGAUGACAUGUGAAGAUAUGUUGCUGUAUAAAUCAGAAGAUUAAUACUAAAGUCCCAUGAGGGCAAGACUAUACCUGACUUGAAAAUUACAGGUGCCAUAUUGCCCAUUGAAUAGAGCUGUGAAAAAUCUGAACACAUCCAUAACUAAAAGAAAGGACAAUACUGCUUGCUUGCUUGCUUGCUUUUGAUUUGAUUGGGACAGUCCGAAUGCACAUGCUGUUGGCCCUCAAACAGGAUCAAGAGAUUGUGGUGAUGCACUAAAAUCCAUAAAGGUGAUGGAUGUUAAACAAUUAGUGAAGAGGCAGUAGAACAAGGAAAGUCUAUAUGUGAUUAGGUAAAGUGUACACUACCUCUGUUUGAUGCACGCUGACUUACCAAAAGUCCUGGGGUCGCAUGGCACAACCUAAACUCUUUCCUGCAAUAGCCUAAGGCCUGAUCAGCAGAUAUGAUUUACAAUAUGAGGGCUCUCACUGGACUUUUAGUAUGACAGGGUGCCUGCAAACUACCUUGGAGGGUUCGAUAUUUGAAGGCCAUGAAUCCUUGAGUCACAUGUUACAAACACCAGUAAUGGAUGCAUCUGGUGAUUUUAACAGAAAAUAUAAGCCAAAAGGGGGCAGAUUUGCACACAUUUAUGAUUUCCUCAUGAUUGUCAUAUGCUUCUAAGCAACAAAUAAUUUCUUAGACACAACAGACCUACUAGUACACCAUUAUCCUCUCCAUUCACCGCUGCCUGAGCCCUCUGUGUGGCAUCCGAUUAUGCAAUUAGAUCAAUUUCACUGUGCUCAAGAGGGACACCAGCCAAUAACCCUUAAUUCCUAGGCGAUCCCUACUAAAACAGCCUAUUCUAGUGGAUAGGGUUCAGGAGCUUUCUAUGUGAGAUAUAUCCAGUCAACCAUUGCCCCUCUGGGUGUAGAUCAGUGGUUCUCAAAUGGUGGGUCGCAGGUCUGUUCUCAUAGUACAGCAGGGGGAAAAACAUGCUAACAAUGCUAAUGUGCAUAGUUAGGAUAGCUAAAUAAACAGGCUAAUCAACUUCAUAAACACUUCCCCAUAUCUUUGUAUAGUUUUAGUUCAUCAUCUGAUCAAACCUAGUGUAUUUUGGUGAAAAUUCAUGUCACAGAACCCAAAAAGAUGUCAAUUUGUAGGUUAACCUGGAAGGCUAAUUGAUCAUGGCUUCCCUACUGGCUUUUAGAAUAGUUUUUUUGGAUUGUACGAGUAAAACGAGGUGUGGUAAACAUUACUUAAAGAGGCUUUCACAUUUUUACAUAAAUUAUACAUCAAAUGUGAAUUUGAAACUGCUGUUGUUCAUAAAUGUUAAGUUGCUAGAUAAAGAGUACAACCUAUAAACGAACAUCCUUGUUGUAUUUGUAUAUUCCUUUAGAACCACUAUUCCUAAACCCCACGGGAAAGUCCCAUGGAUUGAAAAAGUAAAUCUUACGAGGUUUUUGAAUUGAAGCCUGAAUGGCUCUAUUUGGCAGAUGCUGAUUGGUUGUGUGAUACGCCCUUACCUUCAAACCUCCCCACUUCAUUAUAUAUGGUUAUUAUUCACUUGAAAUGAUAAUUUUGCGCUGACCACAGUGUUUUAUGUGGUUAAUUAUUGGAUUCUUGGGCUAAAAACAAGUGCUAUUCUAUUAACAACACCGAUGAACUCGUAUGUUGUGUACAUGUGGAGAAGAUUGUUGAAUGUACAAAGCAUUUUUGUUCACCUUGUUUGGCAUAUUUGAUAUUUUGUCAAGUGUUGAUAUCUGUGUUGUUCAUUGUCAGGUAGACUUUUUUUUUUUUUCUUUUGUUUUACUGCGCUUGCAGGUCAUGUGGUGUAUUAAAUCAGGUAGGAAGUUUCUGUUGGAUUACAGUGGCAAGUGAACUUUGCCAUCUAAAAUAUCAUGAAUGAAUUUUGACAUUCGUCCAUUAUCAGAUACUCUACAGGUAUUGACAGGUCUGAGAAAGUGUUUUAUAUCCAGCAAACAUGACAAGGUCUGUAUCUUAGCUGGUGCUAAGGUGUCAAUGAACGUAAAUUGUGGCUAUUUCCACAUACAUUUUGGACUUAGGUCCAAAUAAUCAAUACUAAUUGUACUUUGAUUUCAAUGUGUUUACGUUGAAUGACAGUUUGUGCUACAAUAUUGCCAUUCACAAUUGAUCUUUUGUGCGUGCUCUGCCAACUGCUUAUUCCUUUGCACAAUAUUUUGUUUAUAUUGUGUUCGGCCAUAUUGACAACAUGAUUGUGUGUGGAAAUUGAUAAACGGCUUUUGCAAAAAUAA